AUGUCUGCGGCGAGCAAGAAAAGUGCGCGACGCGCUUUCGCCACCUUCUUCAUCUUGCUCGUUUCGUUGUACCUCUUAACCGUGGCUUCGACUCGCGUGUAUUCCACCCAUCACGCUCCCGUGAAUACCAACGAGUUCCUCGAGUCUCGAAACAGUCGAGCGCACGGCCUUCAACACAAACAAAAGAAAGUGGUACAUCCAUCAUCGUCGUCGUCUUCCUUAUCGAACGAAGAAGUUGCGAGCAUGGAAGAGACGCACAGAAAACCAAAAGGAAACGAAAUAGAAUUAGAGCGUAACGAUGAUAACGAUGAUGAUGAUGCUAAUAAUAUGGGCAUGAUGAGUGCGUUUGGACACGCGAUGCACGACGUGUGGGAACACAUACCUGGACACGAAUACGCGGAGAGUAUUUUAGGAUUCCGUCAGGACGACGAGGACGAACCCGGGGACGAGGACGAGGAUAAUAACCACGAGGGAGAAGGUGACGGUAAGGCAAACGAGAUUCUGGAUACGGAGUACCAUAACCACGAAGAAGGAGAGUUUGAGAAUAGCACAAUAAGUAGCAACGCGAUAUCCUCGUCGAACGCGCCGAUAAAAGUUAUACUAGACGACUUGAUCGUCGACGACGAUCGAGUGAAAACGCAAAAGGCGUUAAUUAAGCAUUUUAAAGGUAAAGUGUACGUCGACGGACACUCCAAGGAGAUCCCCGAUCCUAUCGGCGUCUCCGAAGCGUACAUCGCCAAAGGCGGGUACAAGAAUGGAUGCGGCUCGAAGGAGGCGAAGAAGAAUAUCGUGUUGAAACAAUCGUUUUUAUUCAGAAAUGGGGAGAGUUUCAAGUACGGCCACAUGGUGAUGAUUGGCGAGGCGCCGAAAAACUCACCGUGGAAAUGGGCGGCGACGUGGCAAGCGUCCAAUUCCUUCGAAGGUGCGUUCGGGCAGAAGAUUGUUAUUUCCUUCGCGGACGACCCGACUGGGACGUGGACGCCACCGAUGGUGAUUCCAAUUCCCGUGACACCAUCUACAGCGGCUGUAUGGGGCCCUGUUUGGCACAAGGAUCCAAACACCGGCGUCGCGUGGUUGUUCUACGCCGCGUCGACGAGUUGCAGAAAAAAUGCCGGUCACGGUAAAGUGAAAUACGCGCCGGGAGGGGACAUUCAAGUCAUUAAAUCUUUAGACGGCAUUCAGUGGAGCGCACCAAAAACCAUCUUGAUGCAAGCGGCAGAAUCCAAUCAUCUUCCGAAACUGGUUUCUAAUCAGCUCGCGGUGCACGAACCUACCGGGUAUUGGGUACUACCGAUGUGGCGAGAAUCACCGCAUUCCAACACGUGUAAACCGAGCGUCUCGAAAGGAACGAGAACGUCCGCGGGCGUUUUGCUCUCAAAAGAUCAAGGCAAAUCCUGGUCAGUCGUUGGUUCGUACAGAGCGAGAGGCGUGCGUUGGCUCAUUGAAGGUACCGUCGCGGAGGUUGGUGACACGAAAGAUUUGUUGUUGCUCCAUCGUUCCGGCGAGAAAUAUUUAUACAAGCAAAUUUCAAAAGACGGAGGUAAAUCGUGGUCGAACGCCGAACGAACGAGCGUUCCGAAUCCAAACUCGAAAGUUAAUCUAAUUCGAUUGGAAAGUUCGAAAGGCGCACCGACAAAUUUAGGAGGAUCUCUCGCGCUCGCAUAUAAUGAUGCCAUGAGUGGCGUUCGAAGGAAACUCUCCGUCGCGCUCUCCUCGGACGGUCACAAAUGGUCGAAGUUACAACUCUUAGAAGACUCUAGUCCUGGUUUACACUUUAAUUACCCGACAAUCGCGCAAGAUGGGUGUCGGCUACUCGUUGCGUAUUCAGUUACUCGACACGGUGGUAGGCGCGCGGUGACGCAAUCCGGCAUUAAGCUCGCCGUCGUCGAGUUACCCGGGAAGGUGGAGAAAGCGCGAGAGGAACUUUUAGAAAUCUCCAUGGACGCGCCAAAAGACGGAGAAAAUAGUGAUAAUGAAGAGAGCGACGAGAACAACGAGAACGCGAGCGAAGAAGAAGAUAAUAUUCGCGAGGACGACGUGAACGAAAAGUCGAUAGAAGACGUCAUAGACGUCGUUUAA